GAAGAACACGCGCACGCGUAAUGUCAUUUGGGAGUCGUCUCAGUCGUGGCUUGGCUUGUCCCCCGCUUUUCCAGCCCUCAUUCGUCCCAUUCGUCCCACAGUUCGCCCAGGGAGUUCGUCCCAUAUCAUCAAGCAAACUGAAUAUUCCGCUGGCAAAUCAGGAUGCCGCCCGUUCUGUGCUGUCCAUAUGUUCCAUUAUCUGUAACGCCCGUCCUUGAAGGGCACACGCUCGGCGGGCUUCGUGAUGCUAGGCCUUGGCGCAUGAAUCUAGUGGCUUAUAGCCCGCGCAAGCAUCGCAUAUAUGUCGCCGUAGAUCGCGAGAUUCUCAGAUAUCGAAUACCCCACCUCGCUGACAAGGCGAGCGAGACCCAACCGACAGGCAAACUGACCAACAAAACGGGCUCGGAAGUUCAUGCGAUCAUCAACGCAAUACGGAUAGGUGAAAUCGGUCAAGACGAAGUACUGGUCGCAGCCGAUGACGAUGGCUACAUCUACGUGUGGUUCACGGAGUAUCCAGACCGUCCUGCGAUCAUCUUCCAGUAUGGGUCCUACUCAGAUGCCACGUUCUUUCCGCCAUCCACUGAUGUGAUGCUGUUUUGUCUAAGGCACAAAGAAUCUGCAUGGGGUCUCGCCAUACAUGGCCCGUCCUAUCUACUGGCCGCAUCAUCGAACUCACACACAAUUAUGGUCUGGAACCUGAGGGCAAGCACUAGUCAAAAAGAUCGUUUAGAAGAUGAUCCGCUGGGAGGAGUCAUGGAACGAGAGCUAGUGGGACAUGAACACAAUAUUCCAUCUAUCGACUUCAGUAGCUGUGGCAAAUUCUUGAUAUCCUGCUCCAUUGACUGUACGGUGAGAAUCUGGAACGUGCAUACCGGGCACACCAUCUGCUCUCGUUUCUUCAACAACCAGUGGUCAUGGACUGCACGAUUCAUUUCCCCGGACUCGUUCAAACGUAUACCCUCGCAAACACCGGACUGGUGCAACCCCUUCAAACGAAAACGAACCGAAAUCGAGGUUGCGGUCUACAACCGGCUCGGAAUAAACAGGUCGCAACCUGUGCCGAUACAGUGUGCGAGUUCUGACGAUAUGCCACCGGUCGACGCAACAGAUGAUGGAUUUGAUACCGACGUGGAUGAGGUGGAGAUCUUUCAUGGUGAUCUUGAUGGUGUUCUCGAGGAGGAGGAGUGGGGAGGGGCUGGCGAAGAGGGGGAACAAGGCUCUCCGAAUACCGAGGAGGAGCCUGUCACGCAAACAACGGAGGCUCUGAACUCCGACGGUGCUGGUGAAGAGGGACAACAAGGAUUGCCGACUAGCAGCGAGGAUCCUGGCACGCAUUCAAUGGAAAUGCCCAACACCACGGUGAGCGAGAGGCAGCAACAUGACGAGAUACUCAUGGAGUUACUAGUCGCUCGGGAUGUUACCGAGGGCGGAACAUCUUCCGACGUUCUCCAUGAACUGGAUGACCUUUUCGACGAAGAGGUAGAUUUUGACCACGGGCAUGAAAUCCGGUCGAUGGGCUCUGCAUACGAGGCUGCUGACAGUUUGGAGAACACGGAAGCGAUGGAUGAGGGGGUGCGCGAAGGAGAAGAAGCCGAGGAGCAAGAUGAUUUCCAAAGCGCUCAAGAAGGAAGCGACGAAGACCAUUUCGAAAGCGCUCCUGAAGAGAGCGAGGCAGACGAAGACGAAGAUUACAUGAACUACGUGGACAUGGAUCACAACGUAGAUGACGAGGACGACGACGACGAUUACCAUGGUUCAGAUCCCUACCAACUAGACGACUGGCCAAACCCAAACCUCGCCCCCGCCUCCCCAUCCUUCACCGAUGAUGCCGCCGACAUGGUCGUCGCGCACCUCAACAGCUCCCUCCAAUGGGACGAGUACGACUCCACCGACCCCCCCGACGACUACAACCACGACUUCGACUCGGACUCCCCCAUCGACGCUGGCAACACCAUCUACCUCCCUGAGACCGCCAUCACCCUCCCCUUCCCCGACUCCGAUUCCGACAUCGAAACCCUCUUCCCCGACCCGCCCUUGAUAUACCGCCCCGUGCGGUGGUGGCGCCAACGUCGCAAUGAGCCACCGCCCCCGCCGGUGCCGAUCGUGACGACGCUGGAUCGCACGGGCUUCCCGACGGAUUUUGUGCUUUUCACGACGGUGGAGAAUAUGUAUUUGUUGGAUUCGAGGACGUUGAGGACGUGUCAUGAGCAAAAGAGGCUUGUGAGUCGGUAUGAGAUUUGUGAGAAUCAUCCGACGUUGAAUGCUAUUGAUCGGCUCUCUUUGGUGGAGUUCAUCGACGAUCUGGGCGUAGCCGUUGUUGCCAGCCAAAAGGGAAGCGCGGCCGUCGUCAGAUUUAUCAGAUCAAACGCAAACAACGCCACCAGAUACCUCCUGGUUGUAGAAGACAUCCUCCCACAAUGCAUCCCACCCUUACGCCCACUUCUCGGCAUGUUCGUCGUCAAGCAUACCGAGCCGGGGUUACCGGCGCGGCAUCAUGUCAAUAUGCUGUAUAUGGAUGGCACACUCUGUGCGUACGAGAUUAGGUCGUCGGUUGUUGCGAAUCCCCUUGGGUUGGAGGGGUUGCGGUUUUUUGAGAGUUUUGAAAGUUUUGGGGUAGUCGCGCGCGAAUCGGAUCUGCGAUGGCAAAAGCAUGUCAGAAUGCUCUGUGGUAGCUGCCUCGAGGGGCCAAUCAUUCAGGACAACGGAUGUUUCGUGCAGGAGACGCAGAAAGAUCUUCUUCGUGCUUUCGAGUUCACCCACUACGAGAGCGCACCCGCCUAG